AUGCCGAGGGGUGUGGAAGGUUGGAAGAGGCGAGUAGGCGUGAUGAGGGGUGAUGAGGGGCUGGCUGGUAUGCAGGUUGAGGUGCAAGGGUUGAGCAGACAGGGGCAGGUCCAAAAGGAUGUUCAGACGAUCGAGCCGGCUGCCGUUGCUGAGGAGGCCGUGGUGGAGGCCCUGUGUGUUGCAGAAGGCAGAAUCCUGACACUGAAGUUUGAUGGGCGCUUGGGGCCUUGGGCUGGAGCAGCCAGAGCUUGUGGGUGUUGGGAGUUUUUGGGCGGGCAAGUCUGCGGAACCAGCCGGGCGCAGGUUCAAGAGGGUGUGCAAAAGACGAUCGUGUUCGGUGCGGAGGAUAAGGAGGAGCCUCGGAACUUGUCUUGCAAAACAGGUGCUGGUCCAAUGGAGGAGAUAUGGGUAGGGCUUAGGGCUUUAGCGGUGAUGCGGCUCGCAAAACAAUGCGUCAUAGAAGGUGAGAGCCUGCAGAACUAUGGCGGCUGUCCCCGUUAA